AUGUCCUCCACCGUGAACAACGGGGCGACCGGCAUGCCGUCCCCGCCCGACGCGGCGAACGGCUUCCCGCAGCCGGGCGCCUCGUCAGGGGCCUGGCCGCGGGCCGAGGAGGAGCUGCGCGCCACGGAGCCGGGCCUGGUGAAGCGCGCGCACCGCGAGAUCCUGGACCACGAGCGCAAGCGGCGGGUAGAGCUCAAGUGCAUGGAGCUUCAGGAGAUGAUGGAGGAGCAGGGGUACUCAGAGGAGGAGACCCGGCAGAAGGUCAGGACUUUCCGGCAGAUGCUGAUGGAGAAGGAGGGAAUGCUCACCAGGGACGACCGGCCUGGGGGCCACAUCGUGGCGGAGACCCCGCGGCUGAUCGAGGGCGCCGAGCCGGGCCUGGAGUACGCGCCCUUCGACGAGGACGACGGCCCGGUGGACUGCGACUGCCCGGCCGCCUGCUACCGCGGGCACCGGGGGUACAGGACCAAGCACUGGUCCAGCAGCUCGGCGUCGCCCCCUCCCAAGAAGAAGAAGAAAAAGAAAGGCGGCCACCGGAGAAGCCGCAAAAAGAGAAGACUAGACUCCGAGUGCAGCUGCGGGAGCUCCUCACCUCUGCGCAAGAAGAAAAAGAGUGUGAAGAAACACCGCCGAGACAGGUCUGAUUCUGGGUCGCGGAGGAAGAGACGGCACAGAUCUCGAAGCCCCAAGAGCAAAAGAAAAGAAAAGAACAAAGAGAGGAAGAGGCCACAUGCGGAGUCCCCAGGCCGGAGGUCCCGUCGCCGCAGCAGCGGCAGCUCCCACAGUCCCUCACUGUCCUCCCGUUACAGUGAUUCCAGGCCACCCAGCAGGCAGAGCCCCAAGCACCGAGACGACGGGCGCAAGACGGGCAGCCAGCGGUCCAGCGGGAGCCGGUCACCUUCCCCGUCCGGCGGCAGCGGAUGGGGGUCGCCCCAGCAGAACGGCGGAAGCAGGCAGCGGAGCGGAGCGCACGGGGGCCGCCCGGGCUCGGCGCACAGCCCGCUCGAUAAGCCCAGCUCGCCCUCGCCCAGGGCCCGCGACCAGGCGGAGGCCGGCGCAGCCACGCCGCCCGCGCGGGGGAAGGAGAGCCCGAGCCCGCGCUCGGCGCCGUCGUCGCAGGGCAGAGGAGGCCGCGCGGCUGGCGGGGCGGCCAGGCGGCGGCGGCGGCGGCGGCGACGACGGCGGCGGCGGCGCUCGCGGUCCUCGGCGUCCGCGCCCCGCCGCAGGGGCCGCCGGCGCGCCCGGCCCGCGCCGCCCCGGGGCUCGUCGCGCUCGCUCAGCAGGGCCCGCUCCAGCAGCGACUCGGGCGGCGGCGCCCCCGGCCCCGGGCCCGAGCCCGGCUCCGAACGAGGCCACGGCGGGCACGGCAGACGGGCCAAGGAGCGGCCCCCGCGCGCCCGGCCCGCCAGCCCCUCCCCGUCCCCGGGCGCGCACGGCAGGCACGGCGGCCCGGAGGGGAAGAGCUCGUCGCGCAGCCCGGGCCCGCACACGCGCUCGUGGAGCUCCAGCCGCUCGCCCUCCAAAUCCCGCUCGCGCUCGGCGGAGAAGAGGGCCCGCAGCCCCAGCCGCUCGCCGUCGCCCAAGAAAACCCUGGGCCGGGACAAGGACGGCGAGGGCCGCGCGAGGCACGCCGAGGCCGAGGCCGCCCGCGCCCGGCGCCGCUCCCGCAGCUACUCGCCCAUCCGCAAGCGGCGCCGGGACUCGCCCAGCUUCAUGGAGCCGCGGCGCAUCACCAGUGCCCGAAAGCGUCCCAUCCCCUACUACCGGCCCAGCCCCUCAUCCUCCUCCAGCUGCCUGAGCAGCGACUACUCAAGCCGGAGCCCCAGCCGCAGCCCCAGCCCCGGCCACAGCCACGGAAGCUACAGCAGCCGCAGUCGGACCCGCAGCCGCACGCGCAGCCCCUCCCGGACCCCCAGUCCCAGCUACCACAGCCGGAGCAGCUCAGAGAGCGGGGGCUUCUGAGCCCAGCAGACCCAGCUUCGUGCCCCCUGGCACAGGGAGAGGCAAGGGCUCAGGCCCCAGGAGCCACAGGGGGCCUGCACCCCACUACUACAAAGAGGUCCCGGGUCCAGGGAAGACCUUGAGGGUG